UCCUGGAGGCUGGUGAGGAUUUGGUGCGGAGAUCAGGCGGUGCGCAGCUCAGCUCGGCGUGUGCAGCGCUUCAUUUUCGCUCAAACUGACGCCGCAACCCGCAACUGCCCUGAACAGCGCAGAGAGACAGAGAGAGAGAGGGGAGAGAGAGGGGAGAGUUGGUUUAUUUAUGACCGGGCUAAAUAUAGUUAAACCACAUUUGUUUUGUUUUGUUUUGAGCACAGGCAGCAGGACAUCUUAGAAAGAAGUGUCUGUGCGUGACCAUGCGGGGAUGAAGAAGUGCUGCUGCUGCUGAGUUUUCUUAUUAGGUUUCUCCGGGGCGGUGCUGCUGCUCCUGCUCCUCCUCAUCAUCAUCACCAUCAUCACCCUGCUGCUGUCAUGGGUUUCUGGGAGUGACAUCAAAGUUUUUUGGGGGGAUGAUUUUACUCGCCUGAAAUAGUCCAUCUGAGAGUCACGCUCCAAGGCGGCUCCGCUUACCUGUUUGUAGUCAAAUGCGGGCGGUUUCGUGCCUGGGAGGUGAGAUUUGAUUGAUCGUUUGAGGGGACCGUCAAGAGGCUGCAGACUCCGGAGGAUCUGACACCGGGACAGUGUGGAGAUGAACUUUGAAAAUUUCGUGGUUGUGACUUUCACAUUCGUCACCAUCGCAUCAGGGUCCCGGGCACGGUUUGAAGACAGCGCACCUCGGAUUGUGGAGGACCCCUCGGAUUUGAUUGUCUCCAAGGGGGAGCCUGCCACCCUCAACUGCAAGGCAGAGGGCCGACCCACCCCCAGCAUAGAGUGGUAUAAGGACGGCGAGCGCGUGGAGACGGACAAAGAUGACCCCCGUUCUCACCGCAUGCUCCUGCCCAGCGGCUCGCUCUUCUUCCUCCGCAUCGUGCACGGACGCCGGAGCAAACCGGAUGAGGGCGUCUACACCUGUGUGGCCCGCAACUACCUGGGAGAGGCCAUCAGUCGUAAUGCGUCUCUGGAUGUCGCCAUCCUGAGAGAUGAUUUCCGGCAGGCCCCGAGUGAUGUGGUGGUGGCCGCCGGUGAGCCUGCUGUGUUGGAGUGUGUGCCUCCACGUGGACACCCUGAGCCCAUCGUGUCCUGGAAACGCAACAACGUCCGAGUUAGCACCAAGGAUGAGCGCAUCGCUAUGCGUGGAGGCAAACUGAUGAUCUCUCACGCCAGGAAGAGCGACGCCGGCAUGUAUGUUUGUGUGGGAUCAAACAUGGUUGGAGAGAGGGACAGCGAUCCCGCAGAGCUGGUGGUAUACGAACGUCCUGUGUUGGUACGGAGGCCCGUGAACCAGGUGGUCAUGGAGGAAGAGACUGUGGACUUCCUGUGCGAGGUCCACGGAGAUCCCGCCCCCACUGUCCGAUGGCGGCGAGAGGAAGGGGAGCUUCCCCGUGGGAGGUUUGAAAUCCGCAAUGGCAACAGCCUCCGUUUGUUCCGCGUGAAGGAGCAGGAUGAAGGGACGUAUACCUGCACAUCCGAGAACAGUGUGGGCAAGACAGAGGCCUCAGCCAUGCUGCAGGUCCAUGUACCACCUCAGAUUGUCACGAAGCCCCGAGACCAGAUUGCCACCCAGGGGAGGAGCAUUACCUUCCAAUGUGGCACUACAGGAAACCCUCCACCUGCCAUCUUCUGGCAGAAAGAGGGCAGCCAGAUGUUGUUGUUCCCCGGCCAGCCACCAUCACAGUCUGGUCGUUACUCUGUUUCCAUGAGCGGAGAACUGACCAUCACUGACGUCCACCCCGAGGACGCUGGUUUCUACAUCUGCCAGGCCAUCAGUGUGGCAGGAAGCGUGUUGACCAGGGCGCUGCUGGAGGUGGAGGGAGGUCCCUCAGGUCGUGUCCCGCCGAUUAUUCGGCAAGGCCCAGCCAAUCAGACUGUGUCUCGGGGUGCCGCAACGCAGCUUCACUGCCGUGUGACUGGAGGGCCCUCAGUCAAGAUUUCAUGGGAGAAGGAUGGAGAGAGGCUUCAGGGAAAUAACCCUAGAGUGACCUUGAUGGAAAAUGGCACUUUGCAAAUCACAGAUAUGAAGGACGCAGACUCAGGCAUGUACACGUGUGUGGCAUCCAGCGCCACAGGGGAGUCGAGCUGGAGUGGGAUGUUGACUGUCAGAGAAAAUGGAGCUUCUUCGGUAUCCAGAGUUUCUGAGUUCAUCCAACUGCCAGGGCCUCCCCAGAAACCCGUUGUGACGGAUGUGACCAAAAACACUGUCACCCUCACCUGGCAGUCCAACCCUCACGAAGGGGGGGCUGCUGUCACUUCCUACAUUAUUGAGGCCUUCAGCCAAUCAGUUGGCAGCACCUGGCAAACGGUGGCGGACCACGUGAAGCACGAGAAGCACACGGUGGUCGGACUCUUCCCCAACACUGUUUAUCUCUUCAUUGUCCGAGCAGUCAACUCUUAUGGACUCAGUGACCCCAGUCCCAUCUCUGAGCCUGUCAGGACGCAGGAUGGGAGUCCUGCAGAACAGGGUGUGGACCACAGACAAGUGCAGAGAGAGUUAGGCGAGGUGUCCAUCUACCUGCAGAAGCCAGUGGCUUUGUCUCCUACCAGCGCCAGGAUUUCUUGGACUGUGGGCCAUCAGUCUCGCUAUGUUCAGGGUUAUCGUGUAUUUUACCGGACUAUCGGCAGCUCCUGGUCGGUCCAGGAUGUGGAGGCCACCUCUGACCAUAGCAUCAUCUUAGCGGAUCUGCACAGCAGCGCAGAGUAUGAGAUCAAGAUACGCCCUUACUUCAAUGAGUUACAGGGACACGACAGCCUCAUGGUUCUGCUGCGUACUCCUGAGGAGGCUUUAAGUGCACCUCCACAGGCCGUAUCAGUGGUUCAGCUCACAAACGGCUCCAGCAUCAGCGUGUCCUGGGAGCCUCCGCCUCACAACACUCAGAGUGGGAUAAUUCGGGAGUACAAGGUGUGGUGUCUGGGUAGCGGCGUGGAGCAGGAGAACCAGAUAAACCGAACUGUGGACGGAGCCGUUCUGUCCAUCUUGUUGACAGGGUUGCUGCCUCACGUCCGCUACACUGUGGUGGUGGCUGCUGUCACCAGCCUGGGUGUGGGCACUCAAAGCCAGCCUGUCAGCCUGCUUCUCACUGCCCCAACGGACAAGACUUCAACGCCCGCGAAGGAAGGCGGCAACCUCAGCAUAUCAGAGCAGAUAACAAGCGUUGUCCGGCAGCCUGCUUUCAUCGCAGGACUGGGCGUGGCUGCGUGGUUGGUGCUGAUGGGCUUCAGCGGCUGGCUGUACUGUCGACACCGCAGGAGGAAGCGGCUGGGACACUACACCACGUCCUUCGCAUACACACCAGCAGUUGGAUUCGCUCACAGUGAAGGAUCUGGCAUCAUCAAUGGAGGGCCUGGCUUGUUAGGAUCAAAUAUGGGCAACUAUCCCUGGCUAGCUGACUCUUGGCCCACUCCAAACCUCGCUCAUAACAGCAAGGACUCUGUCAAUUGCUGCUCUGGGAAACUGGACUCGGACAGAUACUAUAACACAGUUGGCAUCAUCAACUACCCGAACCAGACGGAGAAACGCAGCACGGCGUCCAAUGACAGUCCCAUCUACAGCACCAUCAACACGGCUGCUGAAGACGACCUGCUCGCCUACUACGACACCUACUCCAGCACGUCCUACAACCAGGGUCCAGACCCGUACAGCAGCAACCCAGUGCUGCCAAACAGCAGCCUUGUGGGUCUGGAGCAGGACCUGGACCAGUGGACCAUCCAGUCUGGUCAGUCUGGGUCUGAAUAUGCGAAGCUCCAAUAUACUAAGAAAAGCAAUGACAAACUGAUAAAGCAGAGGUCAACCGGGUCCUCAUCCAAGUCAGCUCCUCUCACGUGGGUGGAUGUUUUGUCGCUGCCUCUUCCUGUCGACAAAGACAGAAGUCAUACAAAGACAGACAAAGACAAAGAGCAAGACAGCUCUGAGGAGGACGAUGAUGACUGGUGUCCUCCGCUGCCUGCCAGGACCUACCUGAUGGACACUUCCAGGGAGGAGCUCUCCAGCCUGCCUUCCAAACCAGACGAGCUGCCCUACUCAGCAACACUGAUGUCUUCCCCCCAGCAAGACACUCACAAGCCCAGUGAGAGUCCACGGCUGCAGCACUUUGACCUCUUGACCCGUCACCAGUCAGGCUCCCAGGUUUCCCAGUCCAACCCGGAUCUGUUUACCAACGCCAAGGCCCAGAAUGCUGGUGACGUGUACCACACCCGCCAGUGGGCAGAAGAUUUCAAAGGGGAAAGCCUUGGCAAAGCACAAUCUGCAGCUCCUGCUGCCGAGUCGAGCCCUGCAGCCCAGGCUCACAGAUCGAGGAGUAAGAAGAGAAUACCCAAGGAUGGACAACUGAGGCGAGAGCCGCACAGCCAAGCAGAACUUCCCCCUCCACCAGCCCCUCCCCCCACAGACGACUCCUCGCUGCAGCUCUUGGCUGAUGUUUUGAGCCGCGGCCAAACGGACAGUGAAAGAAAAGACGGGAGUGACUCGCCUACACUUGAGAAGAGGGGAGAACAUUUCUCACCCCAGAGGAGAGGGCCUACAAAAUGGUCCUCACAGGAUGAGAAUGUAAUCCCAUAUGGACAGUCCAGCUUCCUGCCUAAGGUCCAGAUGCCAGGCUACGGGUCUCUGGGUGGAGGAGUCUUUUCACGACCCUCCACCGCCGGUCGGAGGAGAGAUGAGAACCUCAUGUAGACAGACGCCGAUUACAUGACAAGACACCAUCUUUCGUCCUCCAUGAUUUCCUAUCUUUGCGAACCAUCAAUCUGUUGCCAUGGUAUGAAAAACUGAAGACUAAAGGGAAAGUGUCAAGGCUAACCAUCUGCCAAAUUAUUUGUAUUUUAUCUCAAUGAUUUUAAUCUUUUUUGUGAUUUGCUUCACUCUUUCUCCCUGUAUAUAGACAUCUUUGCAGUUUUUUAAAGAUGUGAUCAGAUAUAUUGCUAAAAAUGGAUCUGAGAUUUAAAAAGUACUGUAUUUUUAGGCAAUGGGAAAAAAUGUAACUAUUACAUUGUUGUACAGCAGAUUUAACGAAUGUAUCUUCUGUUUAUUCCUGACCAUGAAACCAUGAUGAUGUGUGUGCUUGACGAAAGACUGGAGAGGACAAGAAGCGGAAAAUGUGUUAAUAAACCAUAAUCUGUGGGUGUGUGUAUGUGUAUGUGUGUGUGUGCGUGUCAGUGCAUGUGUGUAAUGUUUUUACGUGUGUUACCGUUAUUAUCUUUCAUCUCUGUGUGACUGUGUAUUGUGGUAUCCCUGUAGAUCACCAGUGUGUUAGUACGAUUUUUAAA